UCACUGAUUCUUGGUCAUAUGAACGUCAUUAGUGAUCCAGCGAGCGUAGUCCGUAUAAAAGUACAACCGAAAUAUCGAACUUCAUCCUAUGCUUAUGCAAGCGAGCAAGCAAACAUGUUUGACACCUGUAAAGGAGCAGAUUUCGAAGAAGUUGGCUUGACUGUGAAACCAUUUCAGUGCAACCGUUGCAUUUGUGUUGCUUCAACGAACUUUUCGUGCAAAACGAACAAGUUCGAACUUUGCAGGAACACGAACGAAAGUGCAAGGUGCAGAAUUCAGGCUGCGGAGGCAAUCGACAAGGAAAUGAUUCCAAAUAGUGUUUGUGAAAUCGGUCGGCCCAUCGGAUCUGGUGGAUUUGGAACUGUUUACGAAGCAACAUUGGAAGGUAAAAAGCUGGCCGUUAAGAAAAUGCACCGAAACGUGAAAAAUCCGUGCGCAAUGUUCGAAAGUGUCCAAGCAGAGAAAUUGGUUCUGCCGUUGAAACAUCCGAACAUUGUUCGAACACUAGCUGUUCUUGAGCGAGAAAACUUGCAAGAUGUCUGGAUUCUUAUGGAAUUUGCCGGUCACAGGACACUGCAGGCUAUAAUUGACGAUGAUCGAGAAGUUUUGGAAAGCGCUCGAAGGUGGCACUUUGUACGUGACAUUGCCUGCGCUCUCAAAUUCGUUCACGAGAACGGUCUUGUUCAUUUGGACUUAAAACCUGCAAACGUGAUCGUCGAUCGUCAAGAUCUUUGCAAACUUGGCGAUUUUGGGUGUUGUCAGAGCGUUGAGCUGACUGCCAAAAACGAACUAGCGUUGCCACCCAGCCCAUCACCAAGCCCUAAAAGCUUGCUGACUGGUACGUUCGCUUACAGGGCGCCAGAAUUGUUAAAAGGCGAGCUACCGAGCGUAAGAGCGGACAUGUACUCGCUUGGGAUCUGCCUGUGGCAGAUGCUUUUUCGGGAACAUCCUUAUGGACUUGAAAGUCACUUUGUUGUUAUUUUUGGAGUUGUGGCGUAUCAUUUGCGCCCGUCGCUAGCGAACUUGCCGGCAAGUGCUUCAAACGAGCCGGCCACUUCAGCUUACAUCGAACUUAUGAGGUUAUUGUGGGACGCGAGCCCGUCUUCUAGACCUAGUGCAGAGGAAGUUUUAGUAACUGUGGACGAAAUUGAAACUAUGUGAUUGCUGUUUCAGCAUACUUGUCAACUUGGUCGUCUGCACGUAGGAAACUCUACAGUUACGCAUCAGGAAUGAAGUGUAAAAAAAUGUCUUAUACAACAAUAGUUUACUAUUUAUUUUUCCACAAAAAGUCCCAAAAUAACUUAACACGACUUGAACUUGGAAUUUUACUUUUUCACUUUGCGGAUGUAGAACGAAAUUUCAAGGUCAACACAUUUGACCGUUUCGUGUUGAAAUUCCGUGUAUGUUGUUGUAUUUUGUAGUGGCUGUCACGACGACACAAAAUUUGCAUAAAUUUGCAAAUUUCAUUUACGAGGCAAUACAACGCAUUUACGUAGUUUGUUCCCGUGAGAAAGAACUGUGAAUUGCUUUUAAUUCGUAAAAAGUGGCCUUAUUCUCAAAAUGAACAAAGUUCGGAAAAGAGUAAUCGUUUCAAAUAUAAAGUUUGUGCUUCCGAAGAAUUGCGCGAAAAUUUAUCGACUUCCGUGACUGGAAACCCAAGUUGGGAAAAUUGCUCAUUACGCGCAAAGUGCUAUCUCAUCCUGUUGUGGACUACUUUUUGUGGACUACUUUUUGUCGAUUGUAUACAAAAACGAGAUAAGUCUCCUGAAGUUUCCAUGGAGAUUUUAAAUGGGAGAUCUUGUAAUGAGCCUUAAAUCGGAGUUCCUUUUUUUCUCCCAGACAAAGUAAUCCGUCAUUAAUUUCAACAUUUUUGUAUAGAAAAAUCCCUCCAUUAACUACUCUCGUUAUCAUUGGUGCAAUCUUUAUAUGGUACUUUUUUGGCAACACGACCUUUAUGCAGUGAAUUUUGGAGUUUUUUAAAUUUUUUUUAUAUCAAGUUUUGAUGACAUUUUGUUUUCACUUUUUCUAUAUUGGCAGUAACUGUGUCUGGCAGGGUCCAAGUCAUUGCAAUUUGUACAUAAAAAAUUACCACAAAAUAUUGGAAAAUAAGAAAAAUAAUAUUCAUAUCACAUUGUACAAAGAUGUAAGUUGUAUUUGCAGAGUCAGACUUGAAUAGUUUGUAUAAUAUUGCAUGAAUAUUGUUAAUUUAUAUCAUACAUGAAAACAUUAUUGUAGAUUUAACAGAUUUUAUUUAUUGAAAAAUUAGCUUGAAAAUGAAUUAGUACUAGUAGAUCAUAGAUUUGAUAGUAAAUAAUUUAACCAGAACCUCAAUAGACAAAUGAUACUGGAUUGAUAUUGUAAAAACUACAAAAUAUAAAUAUUGACUGUACAGAAAUAUAUAAAGUGAGUUACAUUAUGUAAUGUUACACAAUAAAGUGCAGUUGAAAGUGAGAA